AUGGCAUUCUCUCGAUAUAGACCAGUUUCCCACUUCAUCGCGCCGCACUCAUGGUCCAAUGAUCCCUGUGGCGCAGUAUACGUCCCAGAGUCCCAGGAAUAUCUCCUCUGUUACCAAUGGAACCCUGGCACCAGCGAGGGAGGCAACUGUGCUUGGGGCAUGGCAAAGAGUAAAGAUCUCGUUACGUGGGAAGAUUGUAUGCCCGCAAUUUGGAAUGGGACAACACAUGACUCUCUCGGUGUGUUCUCAGGAUCUAUCGUUUCAAGAUUAGUCGCAGGGCGGCGGGUGUUGUACCUGUUCUACACCAGUGUCUCUGCUGUGCCAAUCCACUGGUCCAAGCCGUACAUUGAGGGAUGCGAAACACAAUCAGUCGCUAUUUCAACGGAUCUGGGACGAACUUGGGUUAAAGACGAGAACAAUCCCUUAUCAAUAUCCGCUCCCUUGGGGACUGCGACGACAGGAUGGCGAGAUCCAUUUGUGACUCAAUCUGCAUCGAUGUCCCGGCUUCUCAAUAUCAACCUAGAAACCAAUUACAUGAUGAUUUCAUCGGGAAAAAGGGGCCAUGGACCUCAACUUCAUUUAUACAAGGCGCAGGAUCUAACCUCCAACCCAUGGAAAUACGUGUCAACGGUACUAGAUGUCGAACUACGCAGUCCAAUCUCGUUGCGGAGUGAUUUGACAUGGGGCGUCAACUUCGAAUGCGCCAGUUUCUUCACGAUUGACAACACAGACUACAUACUCAUUGGGGUUGAAGAUACUGAAGAAAGCCCGAGGCACUGCGGUCGUUCUUUGAUGUGGAUGUCAGGUAAUUUUGUGCUGGAUGACCAUAACCUGCCGACCUUCCGCAUCAAAGGCCAUGGCUUCCUCGAUAAUGGUGUUUUGUACGCUGCACAUGUCUUCAGAGACGCAGAAAAUCGAUUAAUACAACUGGGCUGGGCUGAUGAGACUGCCAAGAACAAGGUUGUCCAAGAACAAGGCUGGGCGGGUUUUCUGGGCCAUCCACGACAACUCUUCGAAGUAGUACGGCCGCUUGAUGAUUCUGCGGAAUUAUGGCCAGAAUGGAACAUUGAUAGAGCAUCGGGUGCAAUGACGACUCUCGGUAUUCGGCCAGCACCACAAGUCAAAACUCUCCGAAACCUCUCAUUAUCAGGGUUGUCUUCCCUCCAGGCUUUCAAAGGCAUUCAGUCACAGAAUUACGAAAUACAAGCAAACUUUUCCAAGCUGCAAGGCGAAGAAAAGUUUGUCUUCAACGUCCUCCAGUCACCCGACUCUACGGAGCUCACGCAGCUCAUUUUUGACCUAAAGCAACACCAAAUCAUCGUUGAUCGCUCGAAAUCGUCUUUGAAGCACUUGGGUGCAACUAACACUGACGCUGGAGAUCUGAGACUGCUUCCAGGAGAAGACCUUGUAAUCAGGAUAUUUGUUGACGUGUCCGUGGUGGAAAUUUAUGCAAACGACAGAUUUGCACUCACAUCCCGGGUGUAUCCGUCGUUGGAGACGUCGACAACUGUAUCAUAUGAUUUUGGCGAUUUUGAUGAACAGAAUGUGGAAUUUGACUGUUGGCAGGAUUUGAGGAAUGCUUGGCCAGCCAGGGAAUGCGACGACGAUCUGUUACGAGAAUUGCACCCACUGCGCCGCAAGGUAGAGUGGGAAUGUCCAGACAAAGGCAAUCUCGUUACAGUUGGUGAAAUGCCGGUAGAGAUGGCGGCUGCCUCUUAG